UGCGCAGCAACUGUCGGCUUGUUUACAUAAUAGUAUCCUUGCCAGAACUAGAGCCAGUUGCGAAGAGGCUGCCGUACAAACGGAACCUGUUAAACAGCUUAAGUUACCUUUCUGGGUAAGUUAUGUCUGUGAAACACGCCAUUAACCGAGGGCUCGAGUUGGGCCGGUCGGUCUUUCAGCUGGGUCUCCUCAAGUCAGGUGGCCGAGUCGCAGCAAAGCUCCGAGCUGACCGUUUUCGUGUAGGCCCGUCGGUCCGCACCGUUCAGCCUCAGGCUUUCCUGCCGUCUCGGUACCGAUAUUACCGCACCUCUCUGAAGGGCCUGGCAGCCCAGCUUCAGUCCGCCGGCUUCAGGAGGAGGUUUACCGGCUCGUCCCCACGGAACAGGGCCGUAUUUUUGGCCUUCGGCCUCGGUGUGGGCCUUAUUGAACAACAGCUGGAGGAUGACAGAAAGAGUGCAGCGACAUGCCAGGAAAUCCAGGCUGUGUUCAGGAAGAAAAGAUUCCAGGCCCCACUAAAGCCGUUCACCUCAGGUUAUAAGCUGGAAGAUUACAUUAUAGGGAACCAGAUUGGGAAAGGGUCCAAUGCAGCUGUGUACGAGGCUGCAGCUCAGUUUGCCCCUCCAAAGGAGAGUGACCGAACGUGUUCCCUGGUGCAAAUGAGAGAGGAUGAAGAGGAAAGUCAUACGACUCGAUCACUGACAUGUUGCUCUCUGAGAAACUUCCCUCUGGCUAUCAAGAUGAUGUGGAACUUUGGGGCAGGAUCAUCAAGCGAGGCAAUAUUAAAAUCCAUGUCACAGGAGCUGGUGCCUGCUGGCCCUCUUGCUUUAAAGCAGGACAAAGAACAAAUUUCUCUGGAUGGACAUUUCGGAGUCCUGCCCAGAAGAGUGUCAGCUCACCCUAAUGUGAUUAGAGUGUACCGCGCUUUCACAGCAGAUGUCCCAUUGCUACCAGGUGCCCAGGAAGAAUAUCCAGAUGUGCUGCCAGCCAGACUUAACCCCGCCGGCCUGGGCAACAAUCGCACUCUUUUCCUGGUCAUGAAGAACUACCCCUGCACACUGCGACAGUACCUGGAAGGUUCCACACCAGGUCGCAGGCAAGGCUCUCUGAUGGUGCUGCAGCUCCUUGAGGGGGUCGACCAUCUGUGCAGACAGGGUGUCGCUCACAGGGAUCUCAAGUCAGACAACGUGCUGCUGGAGUUUGACUCAGGUGGUUGCCCUCAUUUAGUGAUUUCUGACUUUGGCUGCUGUCUGGCCCAGAGUGACUCCAGUCUGCAGCUGCCCUUCAACAGUGUUUGGGUCAGCAGAGGGGGGAAUGCCUCCCUUAUGGCUCCUGAGGUGACCAUUGCUGUUCCGGGAUGUGGGGUGGUGAUUGACUACAGUAAGGCAGACGCCUGGGCUGUGGGUGCGAUUUCCUAUGAGAUAUUCGGACAGCAAAACCCGUUCUAUCGAGCAGUGGGGCUGGAAAGUAGGAAUUACCAGGAGAAGCAGCUCCCUCCUCUGCCCUCCGGUGUUCCAGAUGAUGUGCAGUUAGUGAUACGAUUACUCCUCAGGAGGAACCCAAACAAGCGUCCCAGUGCCCGUGUGGCAGCCAACAUGCUACAUCUCAGCCUCUGGGGUCAGAAGGCCCUCGCUAAUCAAGACAGUGCUGGCAUGAGGAAGCUGGCUGAUUGGUUGCUGUGUCAGUCUGCUGUGGUUCUCCUGAAGGGAUGUAGAGGACCCAGUGGAAACAGAGUGGAGGCGGAGCUUCAGAGGAGCUUCCUGUCCAACCUUGACCUGGAGGACCUGCGCACCGCUGUAGGCUUCCUCCUCUAUGGGCGAGAGCAGCGCCAGGCCUGCAUACUGUCUGCAUAGAUUGACUCAGACACAUAACUUAGAGUCCUUGAUAUGGUUAAAAAGGGAGCCUAUAGGGUUAUGGCUUGCUUUAAUAUUCAGUCAGACAUCUAUAGUGUUUGUAGACCUAUCCAUAACAUCUAACUGCUGUGUAGUGGAGCAAAAGCCCAGCACUGUUAAACUGUUAUGACAUCUGUGCAUUUAUUGUGAAGUGGUAUAAUCCACCCUUUUGGUGCGUCUGCAAUGUCCAAACCUGUGUUGCUUUAUGCUCCCAAAGUUGUUGACCUGUGCUUCCCACAAUAAGUUCUCAUAAAUGAGUGAAUUUGUUUCACUUAGAAUCCCUACUACACUAGCAGAUGUUCUAAUAGUCCAGAACUAUUGAACUUCCUACAAAAUUGCUGAUGUAGGAAUCACCUUAUCAUCCCUGUUUUAGCUUUUUUUUAAAAAAAAGUUUUUAGUACUAAUGGCUGUUGGUAAUUCUGUGGGGAGUGAAAUGGAAAGUCAGUGUUUUAUUUUUCAAGCUCUGAUGCACUUUUAAGAUAUUUGCUAGACAAAGCCCUGCACUCAGUUCUUUUUACAACUGUGCAGCAGUUUUGUACUGAUGAAAGUGGAGGCCAAUGCAGAUAUUUUAGAUUAAAGCAAUAUACUCUACUGUGUAGAGUAGCAUCCACUCAAAUGUUUGUCCUUCACAUUUAAUGCACAGAAAACCUCCCUAAUCUGUUAGUAUGAAGCAAGCACAAUGAUCUGGGUGAGCCAUGCAGAGUGGUCUGCUUCUGUUUGCACUUUAUGUCCAUGUUUGCACAUGCUCAGAUCCAUUGGGAUGGCUUAUAUAUGAUGCUUGUUAACCAGUAAACUGAAUAUAGAGACAUAACCAUUCACACUACCCUAUGAUUUGCUAUCAACUAGUUCAGUCUACAGUGUGCUUCCUUAAAUAUUAAAGAAUCAUGUGAAUAGAGGUGCAAGAUAAAGUGUAUAUGGUUUCAUACGAGAGAGAAAUAUUUUGGAUAUAUGUAGAUUUUUCUGCUGUGUUUAAGAAUAAAAGGGUCUGAAAGAGCUCCAAAUGUCA